GAGCCGGACCAGCGCGGCCCGCCGCCGGCGCCCCAGCUGACGGAGGUGUCCGUGCGGCUGCUGCGGCCGGACGUCCUGCUGUCGGACCGUCUGGUGCCGCCGCUACUGGCCGCCGCCUCUGAGCCGCGCCCCGGCCCGCCGUCCCCUGUUCCGUCCCCUCCGGCGCCCGCCGGGGUGGAGCGGUGGCAGUGGCUGGCGCCCCGCGUCCCCGUCUCCGCGGCUCUGACCUUCUCCGAGCUGACCCUCACCUCUGAACACGGGGAGCGGCGGCUGGCCUCUCGACUGGGCAGCUGCCGACUGGAGGCGAGCAGCGCCCCGCGACUCACCGAGGCCAGCGCGUCACUCAAACUGGAGGAGCUGGGGGUGGAGACCGCCGACGGAGCGCGGCUGGCCUCACUCGCCAAUCUGCAGCUGUCGGUGCGUGCCGACGACCUGGAGAGUCCCUCCCCGUCCCUGGAGGCUGCGUUCGGCGGCCACACGCUGCAGCUCACCUACAGCCACGAGGCGGUGUCGGACUGGCUGUGUCGGCUGGGGGUGGAUCCGCUGCGGCGCCGACCGCCCCCGCCCCCGCCGCCGCCCCCGCCGCCGUCAGCCGCAGGUCGCCGCUGGAGGCUGAGACUGGACGCCGAGCUGUGGGACGUGGAGACGUGUCUGCUGCUGCCCGCACUGCCGCCGGUGAUGGCGUGUCUGACGCACGGUAAGCUGGGCGGCUCGCCGGCCGCCGGGGAGCUGGUCCUGGAGACGCUCACCUGCUGUCUGGGAGCGGCCGAGCCGGCCCAGCGCCGCCACGUGGCCGGUGCCGCGCUGGUGCUGGGAGCUCUGCUGGUCAGCCACCGGCGGGCCGCCGACGGCGCGCCGCCCAAACUGGGACUGCUGCUGGAAAACCUGCAGGUGGAGGCCAGUGAGUCAGCGGCGGCGCUGGCCCAGUUCGCCACCGACUCGGCACGGCGACUGCUGCCGCCGUCCAAACCACCUGUCCCCGCCGCCUCGGCCGCCGGAGGAUCGGCGUCACAGCCGGCGGACCUCAGUGUGCAGGCGUCCAACCUGACGCUGCUGGCGGUGACGGGCGAGCACUGCUCGGCGCUGCGGCUCGACUCGGUGAACGGUGACCGCACGGCCGGCCUGCUCAGCUUCGUCGUGGAACGGGCGGCGGUGAGCGCCGGCCGGCCGACCGCCGCGCCGCCGCUGCCCUGCAACAAGGGCGCCGCGCUGCCCGAGCCCGCGCUGAACAUAGCGCGGCUCAAACUGCGGGGGCGGACGGACGGAGAGCUGACGGUGUCUGUGAGGGAAACAGCCGCGGUCCGGUGGAGUCCCACCGCUCACCGGCACCUGAAAAACACGGCCGACUGUCUGAGGAGGUGGGCGGCGCUGCUGAAACCUCCUUCCCCCGCCGCUACCCCCGCCGCGCCGACCCCCGGUCCGCGGCUGACGGUCCGACUCCGCGCCGAGCUGACCGUGGACGCCGCUCUCUCCGAUCACUGCCGGUUCGGUCUGACCGCCUCCGAGCUCUGCUGGAUUCGAGACGGCAGCCGGGCCUGUCUGACGGCCGCUGCGCCCAAGUUUCUGUUCGACGGACACGAGAUUAUUGUGCUGCGGGGUCUGAGGGCGGAGCGCAGCACGGCGCACGUGGCGGCGGCGGCGCGGCGCGCAGCCUGUGAGGAGCUCCUCCUACCGCAGAAUGACUGCUGGGAGGUGACCAUCACUAGCCUGGAGGGCUCCGUGCCGUACGGAUACGAUUUCUCUGAGGCGUGGAGCGAGGAGCUGCUGACGACGGUGCGGUGGCUGCGCCGGCUGCACGGGCGGCCCAGCGGCCCGGCCAGGGAGGACGGACCGCUGCCGGCCGACCUCUGCAUUCAGAUCAAGCAGCUCUCGCUGGAGAUCUGUGACGACCCAUUCGAGGUCAAACUGCGCGACAACUACGAGCUUCUGGAGGACGAGUAUCACGAGAGCGUCAAACGGCGGCAGACGCUGGACCUGAAAAUAGAGGAGCAGCGCCGCAUCCACGGACUUCUACAGGCCAGAAAGGUGGAGAGUCUGUACCAGCAGCUGCAGCAGCGGGACGCCCAGCUGUUCGUGCAGCGCGCCGCCCAGAUGUACCGCAGCGGCGCACCGAUGCGCACCCGGCUCCUCCUCUGGUCCAUGGACUCGCUCGAGUUCUGGGCGCUGGCUGACCCCAGUUUUCACGGCCGCGCCGCCUGUGUGUCCGAGCUGCGCCGGAUCGACCCGCUCUCCCCCUGGCCGGACGACGAGCCGGCCUUCAGCACGCUGUGGUGCCGCGAGCUGGUGACCAGCUGUCAGAGGUGGACGGUGACGCUGCGGGACUACCCGCAGCCCGUGCUGGACGUCCACCAGCUGCACCUCUGGGGACGGAUGGUCGGCGCCGAGCAGGUGGCCGUGCCGCGCGCCACGCGUCAGCUGCCCGUCCGCCUGCAGUCGCCGUUCGAGGACGACCAGGUGGACAGGUCGCUGAUGAGUCUGAAGUACUACUACGACCUCAGCUCGGACGUGGACCAGCUGGUGGCGGCGUACGGACCCUGCUGGGAGCCCGCCGUGGCCAUGUUUAACCUCUGUCUGGAGAAGGUGCUCCGUCCCAGCACGGACCCGUCCCCUCCGCUGCCCUGGUGGGACAAAGUGCGCCUCAAGAUGCACGGCCGGAUCACGCAGAGCGUGCGGCAGCUGACGCUGCUGUUACACGCCUCGCUGGACCCCUACAACACCACGGAGGAGAUGGAGCUCACCUUCGCCGACCUGGUCACCGACUGGACCGACGGCAAGAUCGUCUUCAAGGGCGACCUCAGCGUCUACGUGCGCACCGCCAGCAAGUACGACGACUGUCGACUGCUGUUUGUGCCCGGCCUGAAGCUGGCCUUCAAGCUGGACUGGCUGUGUAUGGGCGACCCGCGGGAUCACCACGCAGUGAUACCCUGCGCCCGGGAUAAACUGCCAGAGUACUCGAGCAACCAGGAGCAUGACUCGUUUAGGGCGUUCCGGUCCCAGAACCUGAACAUGUCCAUCUCGAUCGAGACGCGGCCGCUGACUGCGCCGGCGGCCGGCGGUCCGCAGCCCGUGGUACCAACAAUGCUGCUCUACGGCAGCACGCUGCGCUGGUUCGAGAACCUCCAGUUCAUCCUGUCGGGGAUGACCCGGCCUACCCGGCGCGGGGCGGUGUUUAAUAAUGUGCGGCCGCGAAAGGCGCAGCUGUCGAGGCACUACAAGUGUGUGAGACUGUCACUGAACCUGCACGCAUUCCAGGUCUCCUACUGGAUGUCGUUCACGCGGCAGCACGGGCUGGACAUCCGCGGCGGCCGGGUGUCGCUCAGCUCGGAGCACCGCCUCACCCUGCGGCCCGUCUGUGACGGCCUGAGGCACCGACCGCGCGCCUGCUGGGCCAUCGAGUACCUCAACUGCGAGCUCAACGACGCGGAGGUGUGGCUGCAGAGCUCCCUGCGGCAGACGGAGCCGGGGGCCGCGCCCGCGCCGCCGCCCCCAGCAGACGCCGGCCUCGUGGCCAAGUGGUUCUUCCUGUCAGUGGUACGGGUGUCGUAUGGUAGAGCGGCGAGUGUGGCCGAUACCACGCGCGAGUGUCCCACCCACCGGCUGGUCGUGCAUAACAUGAAGGCAGCCUGGACCAAGGACAACCGAGACGCCGGCUUCGCGCUGUUCGACAGCUUCACCAACAACCAGCAGCUGAAGCGGAACCUCUCCACAGCCGCCCUCAAGGGCAUCACGUUCGACUCGGGCUCCGGAGGGGCGACUCGGACCCCGCAGAAACCCCCGCGGACGGGCUCUCUGGACGGCGCGGCGGCGGCGGCCACCGGCGGUCUGAACAGCUCGCUCUCGGCCAGCACCCCGUCUCCGAUGUCCCGGCUGCAGUCGGGCCAGGCCGCCAGUAUGCUGCAGAAGCUGAUCGCCGAGCUGGGCGCCGCGCCGGUGGCCUUCAGUGAGGACGCCGCCGGCGGAGAGCUGGACGAGACCGCGCUGCGCGGUGUGGCGGCCUGUCACGCCACAGACGUCCUCCAUAACAGCUGGCUGGUGGAGCUCGUCAACUGUCAGGUCCUCCUCAAGGGGAUCGAGACGCGCGGCUACGUCAUCAUCACCUCCUCCAAGAGUCAGGUCCUUCAGCGGCUCCACCGGCCCGUCUGGCGGGACCGAACGCUGGUCAGCAAGACCUCCUGGGUGGGCCGGCUGGACGGCAUGCAGUACUACGCCACGGUGAGCGCCGGCCACCCGGCCAGCGACCCGGCCACCGAGAACAUCAUGUGGCUCACGGUGGACAAUAUCGAGGAGCGGGACGAUGACGACAUUAGGGACGUACCGGACCUGGUCGGCUCGGGUCAGUCGGUCGGCGGGGUGGUCACGGAGACGGUGGGAGCGGCCGGAGCUGACGAGCACGACAGCAUUCAGCUGCAGAGGGUGGUGUCCCGGUGCCGCUGCGAGUUCUUCUACGCCAGCUAUGGAGAGGUGUCGGUGGAUCCGGACUCUGUCGAGUCGAUCCCUCCUCUGCCGACGGCCCCCUCCCAGCUGUGGCCCGGCCAGGAGGAGCCCGUGGACGCGCUCACCGUCACCCACCACGACCUGAACGUGUGCACCAACAGCCUCCAGUACGCCAUGGUGCUGGACAUCGUCAACAAUCUGCUGCUGUACGUGGCGCCGCGGCGCCGCCAGAGCUCCGACCAGCUGCAGCGGAUGCGCUUCCAGAUGCAGCUGUCGGCGCUGGAGGACCAGCGGCGGCCCAUCCAGCAGCUGCAGAACCGCUGCAGGGCCAUGAUGUCGGAGAUCCGGCAGCUGGAGAAGGCCACCUACCAGCUGCAGCGACAGCGGGACGAGGCGCCGGACCGCGCCGCGGCGGUCCGACUCCAGGCCGAGAUGGCCGACAAGGAGCGCCAGACGCUGGAUAAGAAGGAACAGCUCAGCGCAUCGGCGGAGGAGCUGGCCAUGAGGAUUCACAUCUACAAGGAGACGCAGCUCUCCAAGACGCCCAAGCCGGCGGCGCGGAAGGGUGACGCACAACAGCCGGUGUCCAUGAUCCGGACGGCGGAGGUGUGCAUCCGGCACGCGCAGUGGCGACUCACCGAGCCGGACGGCCAGCUGGGCCUGGCAGACCUGGUCAUCAGCAACUUCCAGUACACCAAGCAUACCAAGAGUGACGACAGCGUGGAGCACCUGCUGGAGCUGGGCUACAUCAGCAUGUCGAACCUGCUGCCGAACCCAGCCUACAGAGACGUCCUGCAGCCCACGGAGACCCAGAGCGGGAUGCCGGUGGACCGGCAACGCUCACUGCGCGUCUACUUCAGGGAGAGGCCGCCCGUCGGGGGCAUCAGCGUCAAGGAGCACCUUGAGAUCAACAUCACACCCAUCAACAUCGGCAUGACGUACCAGUUCUUCAAAACGAUGCUGCGCUUCUGUUUCCCGGAACGUGACACGGAGCAUUUGGAGGAGGACGUACCAGCGCCCAAAGAGAAGCUAUCCAAGAAAGAAAAACGCAAACAGAAGAAGGAGAGCAGCUUCUACGUAGCCAUCGAGAAGGAUGAUGUGGAAAAGAUGAAGGAGCGCGCGCAGAACAACAUGCUCUUCAUCUACAUCAAGGUGCCCGAGGUGACGGUGCGGGUCAGCUACAAGGGAGAGAAGGAGAAGAACCUAGAGGACGUGCACAACUUCCUGCUGACGGUGCCCACCCUCGAGUACCACAACGUCACCUGGACCUGGCUGGACCUGCUGCUGGCCAUGAAGAACGACACUAAGCGGGUUCUGCUGUCGCAGGCCAUCAAGCAGAAGCUGCAGAUCGGCGGGAGGGGAGCGCCGGGCGCCGAGGAGCCGCCGCAUGAUGAGGAGGACAAGGCGAGGCUGCUGUUCGGGUCCAUGAUGGCGCCGGGAAGUGAGAAGGAGAAACCGGCCAGGAAGAGCUUCUUCCACCUGCACAGGAGCUAGGGGAGGUGGAUAGUGUGAGCCGGACUGGAGAGACGGACCGAGGCUGUGGGUCGGGCUGGAGAGGCGGACCGACCCACCCCGGCACUAGAGCUUUAGGUACUGUUUGUCAGUGGGCUGUGCCUACUGACUGGAGAUGGGAUACUCUCCAUCACACCUAGUCACUGGAGCACCGGCCCGCAGCACUACGCCGAGGCUGAAACAAUACACCGAGACUGGAAGACUGGCCCUCGGCGAGCGAUAAACAACCAACAGGGUGUCGGGCGUCAUUUCAUCCGAAAGCCUGUCGCCUCCGGAUCACCCGAACGCCUCCUGUCCUGCCGGUCGCUGCAUCCCUGCCGAUCGCCGCCUUGGCUCUGCGUCUCCUCGCUGGGGGCGGGGCUGCCGGCGCUGCCUUCCGAGGCCCGCGCCCCUCGCCGGGGGCGGGGCUGCCUCUGCUGCCUGUGGUCCGAGGCCCGCGCCCCUCCGCCAGGGGCGGGGCCGUCCGUGCCGCCGUCGCCGUCGCUACUACCUCGACUCAAGGCCACGGUCGGUCGUUCUGCGCGUGCGCGCUGGGACGGCCCGGCGUCGGCCGCCGACGCUGCCUCGUUGAACGCCGGUGACGUCGGGGGAAGGAAGGAAUCUCGCGACUGCUCCAGGAACCAGCACCUACAGCGCUCCACGAUGGCCGGCCUCGGUGACCUGAACAUGGCGAACCCGGUGUUCGUCACCUACCUGUUCUACGCGGCCGUGCUGGGCCUGAAGACGCUGUUCAUGUCGCUGUUCACUGUCCGGCACAGGAUGGGAAACAAGGUGUUUGCCAACCCGGAGGACGCCAAGGGCCUCCAAGGCAAGGUCAAGUUCGACCACCCGGACGUGGAACGGGUGCGGCGCGCGCACCUGAACGACUUAGAGAACGUGCUACCGUUCCUGAUACUGUGCCCGCUGUACCUGGCCACCGGGCCGGCCGCCGCCACCGCCACCACCCUCAUCAGGGUGUUCGCCGCUGCCCGGCUGCUGCAUACCGUCGUCUACCUAAAUGUGGUGCCGCAGCCGUCCCGUGCGCUCUGCUUCAUGGUCGGGAUGGGCGUCACCGUCUACAUGUGCGUCCAGAUCCUGCUGGCCACCAUGUAGAACAGACAUCUGAAGCUGAACGAACCACCGUGCCAGUAAGGCUUCCCAGCCGCUCCUGGCACCACUCAUAAAUCUACGCAUCGAAUUAUACGCCUGACCGAGAAUCGCGCCCGGGGCCAAGCUAUGCUCAUGGAUUUAUUGAUUAGCCUUGUGCAGCAAUGUGUUGAGUCUGUGUGUUAUCGCUUAUGAAGAAACUACAAAUGUGCUUGCAAUAAAGACGAAUAUAUAUCA